AAAGAAGCAGAAAAGUGAGUACAUCCCCAUCACCCCAUGCUUGAAGAAUAUGGCAUUUCUUUUAAGCCAUUAAAAAAAAGAAAAAAUAGAAAAGCAUGAGAGGGGAACAUAGUGGAGCUGAGGCUGUUAACUAGUGAGACCCACUUCCCCACCUUCGUCGAAUGGAAGCAGUCAGUCAUGGUUAAUAAUUUAAAUCCAACAAUUGUUGAUCUGUGUCAGUCAAACCAUUUAUAAUUAGCCAAGCUGACCACAACAUUCCAACUCUGUAAUUAUUUCCCAUUCUCUACAAGCCCAUUUCUGUACCAAAAAAAAAGAAAAAAAAAAAGACGUUUUGUUCAUUUGCUUCUACAGAAAGGCAUCUGUGUCAUUCUACCAAAAAGAAUACACAACAUUUGGCAGUUUUGAGUACCACCCAUUUUACAUUCCUGGAGUUGCAGAGAGCUGUGGCAAGGAAAAUAAGAAGAGCUUUUUUCUGGUUUUGAAACUCUCUCAUCAUGAUCAAGAACUGCUGAAGAAGAAGCAGAACCAGAACCAUAUUAAUCAAGCACUUAAUUUACAUGCAGAGGAGACAGAGUAAUUACUCCAAAUCCCAUUGAAGACACUCCCAGAGGAAGCCAAUGAUUUCAGGUUCAACAUGAAUCAUUUCCUCAUGAGCAAAAACGUUCUGAUUCUGCUCCUCAUAGCCUCCGUAUCCAAAGCCCAGAAGCAGAACUGCAAAACCACAUGCGGAUCUGCCAAGCCGGUUCCGUACCCGUUCGGGUUCUCAGACGGGUGCAAAAUCCAAUUGAACUGCUCUGACGACAAAACCAUCUCGAUCAGCAAUUUCACUGUGCAGAACAUAACCUCAACCAGCAUCUACCUCGAUCUCCCGGCAAAAUGUGACAGAGGGGUCGAAUCUAUACACCCCCUGUUCGGCGAAAACUUCGGCCCAACUUGGAACAACAGCUUGCUUCUCCAGAGCUGCCCGCACUCCCAAAACGGCUGCUACAUUCCGGUGGACUUCGUUCAAAAGCAGUUCCGUCUGAACAACUGUAGAGCUAGCAAAGGUAACAUAAGCUGUUUAUCUCACGAGAAUAAAGAGUCGGAGAUUAUGGAAUAUAGUUACUUAAAUGAGACCAACUGUGACUUCUUGUUCGGAUCCAUUGCGCUUAAUUCCGGUAAGGACUCGCCGCUGUCGCUCCAGUUUGAGACGAUCGAGUUGGGCUGGUGGGUUCCGGGCUCCCGCCGUGAUUGCGCUGACAAUGCCACGUGGACCGACGUUAAGCUCGGCGGGGAGAAAGCUCAUGGGAUCCGCUGCCAAUGUAAGGAAGGAUAUCACGGCGACGGGUUCAGAAACGGGUCGGGUUGCCGGAGAGUUUCUGAAUGCAAUGCUUCAAGGUACUUGUCUGGACGUUGUGGGGGAAGAGUUGGUAUUCUUAUUGCAGGGUUUGUUGCUGGAGCUUUAUUAAUGGCUGGUCUAUUUCUUAUCUGUUACUAUCUUCGUAAGCGUUCCACUUGCUUAAAAAACCAGCUGAGUGCAAGGCGCCUUCUAUCUGAAGCUGCAGGCAACUCCAGUGUUCCAUUAUAUCCCUUUAAAGAAAUAGAGAGAGCUACUAAUUGCUUUGCCGAGAAACAAAGGUUGGGUACAGGGGCCUUUGGUACAGUUUAUGCAGGAAAACUCCACAAUGAUGACUGGGUUGCGAUAAAAAAGAUUAAAUACCGAGACUCUAACAGCAUUGACCAAGUCAUGAAUGAGAUCAAGCUCCUCUCCUCCGUGAGCCACCCGAAUCUAGUGCGACUCUUAGGUUGCUGCAUAGAGGGAGGCGAACAGAUACUUGUAUAUGAAUAUAUGCCUAAUGGAACGCUAUCUCAACAUUUACAAAGAGAGAGGGGAGAAGGACUUCCAUGGACCAUAAGGCUCACAAUUGCUUCUGAAACUGCCAAUGCUAUAGCCUAUCUCCACUCUGAGAUGAAUCCACCAAUCUAUCAUAGAGAUAUCAAAUCCAGCAACAUACUUUUGGACUUCAACUACAAAUCAAAGGUAGCAGAUUUCGGUCUUUCUAGACUUGGAAUGACAGAAUUGUCAUGCAUAUCAACAGCUCCACAAGGGACCCCAGGCUACGUAGAUCCUCAGUACCAUCAAAACUUCCAUCUUUCUGAUAGAAGUGAUGUUUACAGCUUCGGGGUAGUUUUAGUAGAGAUAAUAACCGCAAUGAAGGUGGUUGAUUUUGCUAGACCUCAAACCGAGAUCAAUUUGGCUGCACUUGCUAUUGAUAGAAUAGGGAAAGGAUGCUUGGAUGAAAUAGUUGAUCCUUUUCUCGAACCAAAUAGGGAUGCUUGGACUCUUUACUCCAUUAACAAGGUAGCCGAGCUUGCAUUCAGAUGCCUUGCGUUUCACAGUGACAUGAGGCCUUCUAUGACAGAAGUUGCGGAAGAACUAGAAUAUGUGAGGCGCAGUGGGUGGGCAACGAUGGAGGAGAAUGUAGGCACAGCAUCAUCAGUGGCAUCCUCUUGUUCAUCACCGUAUAACGGAAGUGAGAAGUCAUUGGGUGGUCUGACUGCUAAGAAGACCAGUAUAAGAAGCCAGAGAUCAAUUGUUUCACUAAGGGUGGACAGUUCCCUAGCUCCGAUGAAGGAGGAGAAGGAUACCUCUCCUGUUUCUGUACAUGAUCCUUGGUUAAGUGACCAGAGUUCACCUUCAACAAACAGUUUAUUGGGUAAUGUAGUUCAGUGAGACGCAACUACUCUUUUUGUGUGCUUAGCCCCAUAUAUUAUGUCCUGUUUAUAGUGAAAACCAGUCUACCCAUUUGCUGUCUAUAUAUUCCAUGCAGUAUAUUUUUGUUUUCCUAA